GCCGGGCCCGCCCCGCUCCGUCACUGCCGGGCCCGCCAUGGCGUCCGGGCCCGCGGGCCGCGCCGCUGAGGAGCCGCCGCCGCCGGAGCCGCCCGCCGAGCAGAAGCCGCCGCCGCUGCCGCCCGCGCAGGAGGAGUUCUCCUUCCUGCCGCUCGUCCACGACAUCAUCAAAUGCAUGGACAAGGACAGCCAGGAUGUUCACCAGGUACUGAAUGAGCUCAAGAACAAGUUCCAGGAGAUGAGGAAGCUGAUCAGCUCCAUGCCUGGCAUCGGGGUGAGCCCAGAGCAGCAGCAGCAGCAGCUGCAGAACCUGCGGGAGCAGGUCCGGACCAAGAACGAGCUGCUGCAGAAGUACAAGAGCCUUUGCAUGUUUGAAAUCCCCAAGGAGUAGGAGAGGCACAGCUCCACUCUCCAGGUCUGAGAUUCCUCCUGUCCAGGCUGAGCAGGGUGGCAGAGGUUGGCCUUCCUUCCUUUAGGUUUUGUGGCUGCAGAGCUGUGGCGUUGUGCCUGUGCGGACCGUGGGUGUGUGGCACCGAGCCAGGACACCGUGUGCCCUCCUGGGACAGUGGCAGUGGCACGUUCCCUUCAUCAGCUGCAGGACUGUGCACUUACACAUCCCAUCUCCUGUUUUCUCGCUGGGUGGGGUUCUUCUUUUCUACCUUCAAACAAGCAGGAGACAUUUUGCUUUCUCCUCGCUAAAGGUCAAAGUACCUGCUGGUGAAAAAGUAGGCAUUUCUGUAGGUUUUGGAUUUUUUUUUUAACUUAAAAAUGGCCAAACAUCGAAAUGGAACAUAAGAGGGAAGCAUGAACUGUUUGGCCCUGCUCCUGGAAAGAGUCUCUGGUACACUUUCCAUUCCCUGUGUGUUGGAAGAGGAAUAAUUGCUUUCAAUUACUUCUGUAUUUCUCUUAUUAAACAAUCGGUGGUUGUGUCUGAGAUGAGUCAAAUAAAGAUUUAUGAAUUCCAAA